GACAAAAUUGCCUUUUUAUGACCACAAAUCAUUGUCUCAUGGCCAUCAUUCACCUUAACCUUAUCUAUAUUUCUUAGGCGAACUUCGAAUAGACCAUUUUGUUGAUUUUGAGUCUACAUUCUGGUGGGAUGAAGCGUUCAAAAGCGUGCUGGCCAUCUUAGUCUUUCUUAAGACACUGACGUUGCUCCGUGUGGUCCGCUUCAGCAAGACCAUUGCCAAGUUCAUCGCUCUGCCAGGUGCCAUGAAGAAUGACCUGAUCGCCUUCUCGAUUACAAGCGCAGUAGCCUUCAUGGCUUUCAGCUCUUCAGGAAUGGUGGUGUUUGGGACACAUAUGAAGGCCUUCAGCAACGUGUUGCACACAAACUAUGCCCUGUUUGAUAUGCUGCUUGGCAGGUUUGUUGCUGAAGAAAUCUUGGAGGCGAACCGAUAUGUUGGCCCUGUCUACUUCACUAUCUUCAUGGUUUGCGUCUUCAUAAUCCUCGUCAAUUUCCUGGUAGCCAUCAUCUGUGAUGCUAUAGCCUCUGAUGCGUCCAUUGAUCAGGAUUAUGACCUGGAACUGGUUGAUUACAUCUGGAAAAGUUUCCAGCAGAUAUUCGGGAUUCACUUGCCUCCAACAUCAGAUGUAAAAACAGGUGAAGACAGCCUUACCGAGCUGAAUGCAAACUUGCAAAUGAUACAAGAGUCCUUAGAUGACACCUUGGACAUUGCACACAGUAUUUGGCCAGAUGCAGAAGAUACAAGUGAUUGCUCAUCUUUCAACCAAACAGAUCAGAGUGUCGCCUCAAAUCCGCUGUCCAAGAAGCCAUCACAAGAUACCUACGAGACGGCUAACGAAGCUACACCGCAAGCGUCAACUUCAGCCAUGUCCAUGGUCUAUGAACAGGCCCAAAGUGUUCUAAGAACCCAUGAAGACAAUGCCGCCAGGCUUGACGAAGUACAGAACGAGAGCAGACGACGUGCUCAAGCCAUCGUUCAAAGAAAACUAGCGGCGAAAAGGCGUCUCAGACAAACGGGGCGAGGUGACAAAAGGAUGGAGCAAAUCGCGGAGAAUGCUGAAGUACUGCUCGAGCAGCACGCCGCCGACGAGGCUCGACUGGAGCGGCAGUUUGAAAACAACAGACGUUUGUUCCGGGGUAAACUUCGACAGAAGUUGGCAGCUCGACGCAAGCAGAAGAACGAUGAAAAGAAGUAACAUGUCCUACAGUUUACAGCUCACCGUACAUGUUCGUGACUACUCGUUUAUUGUAUGUAGAUUACUAUAUAUA